AUUAUCUCAAGGAUUCAGUUUUAUCUCUUCCCCUACCCCUUUCUCCCCCAGAUUUCUGCGAAGCUGUAUCAUCCCCACACUCACAUGAGCACAUCAACACAAGAUUUAUCCGGCAUCAUGACUCCAUAUUCCCAAAGCCAUCCAUCUCUCUAGCUUGAGAUUGGGGGGAUUUGACGCGGGGACUCAUUUUUCCUCCAAUCACGUCCGGAGAGAACCCCGAACUGUCCCCCAGCUUUGGUUCCAAGCUAGCGGAGACAUGAGCGAGCAUUCAUAAGAACAGUAUUCAACCUUCAUGUCCAUCUUCUCAUGAUUGCACUCUAGACCUCGUCUCUACACCAUCUCGAGUUUCAUUUGACCUUGGUAUACGUUCAUACGUAAUUUGGGACUCGUUUAUAUACCCUCAUACUCUGUUUUUGCUCUCAUCAUAGCUUCUGCCCCUCCCCCGCCUUGCCCCUCGGCAUAACAUCACAAUGGAGCCUCUCAAUGUUCUCAUGAUUGGUACUGGAGAGUACACCACCGGUUUCGUCGGUGGCGGUGCCUCUGGUUCAGACAAGAAGGUUGGCGUCGUUGGUCUCAGUCUCUUUGAUCUGCGCCGUCGCGAAAAGGUCAACAAGCUGGGCAUGGUUGGCGUCAAUGGCAAGAAGUUCCCUGCUAUUCGCGAACAUCUCAACAAGAACAUCCAACAAGUCUACAACAACCUCGACACCUCCUUCGACUCAUUCCCAGAAAACGACAAGGUCGACCCCGACGCUUACAAGACCGCCAUUGACGCUCUCAAGCCUGGCGAUGCCAUCACAAUCUUCACCCCCGACCCUACCCACUUCCCCAUCGCAAAGUACGCCAUUGAGCGCGGCAUCCAUGUCAUGAUCACCAAGCCCGCUGUCAAGGUCCUCGAGGAGCACCAGGAGUUGGUUGAUCUCGCUCAGAAGAAGGGUGUCUACGUUUACGUCGAGCACCACAAGCGUUACGACCCUGCUUACGCUGAUGCUCGCGCAAAGGCUCAGAAGCUUGGCGACUUCAACUACUUCUACAGUUACAUGUCUCAACCCAAGUCACAGCUCGAGACUUUCAAGGCCUGGGCUGGAAAGGAGUCUGAUAUCUCUUACUACCUCAACAGCCACCACAUCGAUAUUUGUGACUCAAUGGUCCAGGAGCGCGGAUAUGUGCCCGUGAGCGUCAACGCCUCUUCCUCCAAGGGUGUUGCUGUUGAUCUGGGCUGCGACCCCAUCACGGAGGAUACCAUCUCACUUCUCGUCACCUGGAACAAGAACGGCGAGCCCAGCAAGCGAGCCGUUGGUGUUUACACAGCCUCGUGGACCGCUCCUCAAAAGGCCGGUGUCCACUCGAACCAAUACUUCCACUACCUCGCUGCCAACGGUGAGAUCCGUGUCGAUCAGGCCAAGCGUGGCUACGACGUUGCAGAUGACUCUAUCGGUCAAUUGAUGUGGUACAACCCCUUCUACAUGAAGUAUGCUCCUGAUGAGGAUGGCAACUUCGCUGGCCAGACUGGUUAUGGUUACAUCUCUAUUGAGAAGUUUGUCGAUGGUUGCAGAGCUGUCAACUCUGGCAAGCUCAAGCCUGAGGACCUUGACGCCAAGCCUCUCCCUACUCUCAAGAACACUAUUGCCACAACGGCUAUUCUUGAGGCUGGUCGAAGAAGUAUUGAUGAGAACCGAGAGGUCAAGAUUGUUGUCGAGAAUGGCAAGUGGAGGCUGGAGUAAUGGAUGAAGGGAAUAGGAGAAGGAUAAAUACCAUAUGCUACGUGUAGAAAUGUCUGAUGGGUUACGGCCAAAAGUAAUGAUCAAGCCUUUUGUUAUUGCAACCUUUUAAGAAAUGAUCUAC